AAUCUCCCCAUAGUAAUAACCUCUUUCAGAGAAGGUUAAAAAGAGACAGUGCACAUGCUCAGAAAUGCUGCACUUGUUCUCGUAGCAGUUUGCAGCGGCCAUUUCAAAGAAACCAUCACAAAGACAAGAGAAAGAUCAGGAGAGAAGCACCCCUUCCCAAGAUGCUGUCACCCUGCCUUCUGAGGAGAGCCAUCCUUACAGUUCCUUUUGUUUUUGUGGUUGCACUACUGGUCACGGAGCCUGUCAGAGCUGACCAAGAAGCAGGAACAGCCAUACCAGCUGAAAGCCGCCCCUGUGUUGAUUGCCAUGCCUUUGAGUUCAUGCAGAGAGCUCUGCAGGAUUUAAAGAAGACAGCAUAUAAUCUAGACACAAGGACAGAAACUCUGCUUCUUCAGGUGGAAAAGAGAAAUCUGUGUGACUGCGUAGCUGCCAAUCUGCUGAACUGAAUCCUGGAGACCCCUGGGGAGGCUCACCUGUCCAGCAGUUUUUAAAAUGCAGCUGUAUAAAAUACAGCUUUAUGGAGUUCAUGUGGCAAGCAUGUAUGCCCCAAUGUACUGAAACUGGGGCCUGUGUCUGAUGUAUUUGUCUGUUCUGUAUAUUUUUUUAAAAGUACCCUCUUUUCACAUCUGCUGGAUUGCCAGUAAGGGCUCAAUUCAGCAAAUCUGUUACUUGAUAUUAGGGUGUGGGGGGGGGGGGGGGGGGGGGGGGGGAAAUGUACCUGCUUUGAAUUUUAAAUCAGAAUUUGCCAAGUGUAUCUGCUGGAGAUAAUUUUGGAGGACAGUGCCCUAGACACACGUGCAGCUGUUUUUUGUCUUUAAUAUGAACAUAGUCUGUGGCAACUUACCCAAUUACACUGAGACAUGACACUGUAGUCUCUGUAGGCUUUGCCUGUGCAUUAAAGAGGAUGAAGUCCUUUC